GAGAGUUGGGAUCUGAAGGAUUUUUAACAUCCCCAGUUUAUGGCUCAGGAGCUGGCAGCGCCUUUUUCAUGUGGGGAGCCACCUGAGGAGGGCAUGACAGAGUGAUCCCUGAGACGAGAGAGACCUAAGGCUGGAGCGCUUCAACUCCAUGGCACACUCCUCCUCCAGCAGCGAUGGAACUACCACCACAGACUGGAGCUCUGAAUCAAACCUGAGCCUCUCUGUGGGCUAUUUCCCCUGCGAAGACACCUUCUCCUACAAGAACCCCUUCUCCCAUGAAGACACAUCUUCCAAGGGUCCUUCAAUCCUUGACCCCCCUAUUCAAGGGACAUGGAGGACUGAAAGUACAGGCAGACUCCUGAGGAGACGAGACCAAAUUCAGGACGACCCAAAGCAAUUUUGCAAACUAAGCAUCACGCUGGCCUGGGACGUUGAUGAGGGCUCUAACAGUUCAGACUCCAUAGCUAAUUGGGACAUAAAUGGAGUCAACUGGUGGGUAGACAAGUGCCCCGAAGAGAACACACAACUGACUCUCAGCAAACUGGACAGUCUUAUGCAAAAGCUAGAGAAACUUCUGAAAAAUCAAAAAGCCAAUGAAGAGGACUCUGCAUUCCCUGAAUCUGCUCCAAAGGAAGAUCUCCAAUUGCUCAGCAGUUCCCCUCCAGAUGGAGCUCAGGUCAGUCAUCAAGAACAUGAUACUUGCCGAUACUUGCCCAACCCCUGCCAGCACAGAGAGACCAGCCAGUUUCCACACACCCCUCCAAGACUUCAGGAACGCAAACUUACUGAGAUGACAAACCAGGCAACUCGCAGCCAGAGGACAAGAAGCACUCUAGACACGUCCUCAGUCUCAUCGGAUCAGCCAGAGAAGGAUGCUCAUGCCAGCACACGGGCCGCCUCCUGCGUGAACUUGAGGAGGCAGCAGUAUAACCCAUCAGAUUCCCAAGAUGGUAGUGUGGUUUGGGUUGAACUUCAAGGGCUCAAGCAAGUGGCAGAGGAUACUGAGUCAUUCAGGAAGCGGAGUUCAAUUGGCGGUGUUUCAGGAAUUCAGACGGCGGAUCUGAUGUUCCCUGGGGACCUGACUGGGUCUAGAUUGUGCCGUGUUGGCUAGAGUAAGUGGCCCACUCAGGAGGAAUGUGAGGACUGGGGGUGCUACUUAGCCACUCCAGGUCUAACCCUCCUCAUUCAUAUGAUGAGAAGGAUACCUCACUGGGUUGUUGUGAGAACUGAUGAGAUAAAGCAAGCACUUUAUUGAUACAUAA